AUGUCGUCUGACGCUACCGGACCGGAAAUGGACCUCCCAACAACCAUCGAGCACGCCAAACGCGCUUUUGCGUUACAGAAAUAUGAACAAGCAGUUGAGCACUAUGCCACUGCCCUCGAGAAGAUGACUCAAGAACAAGGAGACGACGCGCCAGAAACGGCAGAUCUUUAUUUUGCUUAUGGACGGGCGUUGCUCGAGAACGCCAUUUCACAGAGCUCGGUGCUUGGUAAAGACCAGCCCGAGCAGGAAGACGAAGAUGACGAGCCAAUUGGAUCGGGGACCAAGCCCAUUUUGUCCUUUACAGGGGAUGCUGAAGACGACUCUGUGGACCUUUUCAAGGCCGCGGAAGAGGCCGUUGCCACUGAAGAAACGGAACAGGAUGCCGAAGGGGACAAUGACGAGCCAGAGGACGACUUCAAUGCGGCCUGGGAGGUCUUUGAGCUCGCCAGAGGCAUUUAUCACAAGCAAAAUGAAGGACAGAAAGAUGAUGCGGAAAUACAAAUGAAGCUUGCGGAGACAUAUCUCGCGUUAGGCGAUGUCUCCCUCGAAACUGAGAAAUUCGAGCAAGCCAUAACUGACUAUGAAGCGGGAUUGGCCUUAAAGAGUGCAUUACUACCACAAAGCUCGCGUCAACUCGCAGAAGCUCACUACAAAUUGUCUAUCGUGCUUGACCUUACUUCCGGACGUCUCGCAGACGCCAUCACGCAGGCUGAGCGCGCGCUGGAGAGCAUUGAAUGUCGGCUGGCGUUAUUACGAAAUCCGCAAAGUGGCGAGGUCAGCUCGAGCACGGGUGACUCCAAGGGUAAGGGUAAGGGCAAAGCGAAGGAGUCCAUGGAAGAUGCAUCGCUCGUGGGCUUGACUCCCGCGCAAGUCGAGACCGAGAUGAAAGAGCUCGAAGGGCUCAAGGAGGAUUUAGCGGUCAAGAUCGACGAGCUCAAAACACGACCUGCUGAGCCGAUCGGUAAUGCGUCAGCUCUGGCUGCCCAAGCUCUUGAUAAGGAGCUGAAUGCUGGUGGUUCCAAGGGUGCUGCUGGUACAUCAACGGUUAACGACCUCACGAUGGCAGUCAAAAAGAAAAAGAAGCCUGUUGUGGAUGAGAGCGGGAGUGGGUCGCCUCCGGGAAAGAGGAAAGCUGAUGAGCAGGUUGAGGGAGAUGCGAGCAAGAAGGCGCGAGUGGAUGAUUCGAAAUAA